AGCAGGAAAAAAGAGAGAAGGGGAGGGCUUCGACCACAAUCUGAGCUGUGUCUCCGUCAGAAAACAGUUUAGAAAAAUCCCCGCUGGAGGGUGGAGAAGAUCUCCAUCCAGUCUGACAAAAUAACGAUUCUGCGUGCGCGCACUUUGGACUGUCACCCGGCACUGCGUCUCUGCAGCUUUCUCUGAAAGUUGUUGUUUUCGGCAGCAAGAACGGUGUUGUCUCAUUCUGGUGUGCGCAAUGAUGGCCACUUACCAAAACCCGGAGGAUGACGCAAUGGCGUUGAUGGUCCACGACACCAACACGAGCAAAGAGAAAAAGCGGCUGAAGGAAGAACCGGUUGAAGACAAAGUCUCGGAAAAACCGGACCCGUCCCAAAAACCACCUUACUCGUAUGUGGCGCUCAUCGCCAUGGCCAUCCGGGAGAGUUCCGAGAAGCGCCUCACGCUGUCCGGUAUCUACCAGUACAUCAUCAGCAAGUUCCCUUUCUACGAAAAGAACAAAAAGGGCUGGCAGAACAGCAUCAGACACAACCUGAGCCUCAACGAGUGCUUCAUUAAGGUCCCGCGGGAGGGCGGCGGAGAGAGGAAAGGGAACUACUGGACGCUGGACCCGGCCUGUGAGGAUAUGUUCGAGAAAGGCAACUACCGGAGGCGUCGCAGGAUGAAACGGCCGUUCAGACCUCCGCCGACACAUUUCCAGCCGGGAAAAUCUUUAUUCGGAGGUGACGGCUACGGCUACCUGUCCCCGCCAAAGUACCUGCAGUCCAGCUUCAUGAACAACUCAUGGUCUCUCGGACAGCCGCCCGCGCCGAUGUCCUACGCGUCCUGUCAGAUGGCGAGCGGCAACGUAAGUCCGGUGAACGUCAAAGGACUGUCGGCCCCUUCGUCCUACAACCCCUACUCCCGCGUGCAGAGCAUGGCGCUGCCCAGCAUGGUGAACUCUUACAACGGCAUGAGUCACCACCACCAUCCCGCGCAUCCGCACCACGCUCAGCAGCUGAGCCCGGCCACCGCGGCGCCCCCGCCGGUCUCCUCCAGUAACGGAGCGGGCCUCCAAUUCGCCUGCUCCCGCCAGCCCGCCGAGCUCUCCAUGAUGCACUGCUCCUACUGGGAACACGAGAGCAAACACUCGGCGUUACACACGAGGAUUGAUAUUUAAGGUGUUUAAUUCAUGUGAAUUCAGAACGGAACUGAGAACAUUUUUAGAGACCAUUAUGACGAGCUCUUUGGGCCUAGUUGACGUGGAGAGAUGAUGCAAAGUUUUCAAAAUGGAAUCUCGCAUUCGGGACGCAUCAGUGAGCGCAAAUCUCUGGGAGCCAUUACGCGGGCGCCUGUUGGACUGAUCGCCGCAACUUGGCAUUGUAGACAAAAGUGUGUUGAUGAAAAACUUUUCUUUUAUGCGGGGAUUGACAUUGACGAGCCAGUUCAGUUCCUUUUGUAUGUUAUUGCCGUGCGUAAUGGCAUAUCUCAACUUUACGCACAGCUUAUCCAAACGCAAUAUAAUAUACAAAGUGCCCUCAUUAACAUUAAACGCUUUAUUGUGCGCCUGAGCUCAUUUUGGGCCCUCUUGCACUGAAAACGGCCUGUCUGGUAAUUUGCCAUCCUUCUGAUUGUCUCGAAUUCAG